ACAUCGACAUCAAGCAUAAUUCCGACCCUUCUGCACGUGAUACGACAUUUAAUGAAAUUCUUGCCAAUCGUGAUGCCAGGUUCUUAACCGAACUCACCGAUUACCGUGCCAAAUUUAACGCUGAACUUCACGCGAUGAAAACUUUACAGCGGAGUGAAAUAAAUCAGCGAUAUGCGAUGGUUCUAAGAACCGAAGAGAUUGAAUUUGAUCAACAAAGCGUGAUGAGUCAAGCUUCAAACCAUUCCGCCGGUCAGACUUCAAACUAUUCCGCAGGUCAAGCUUCAAACUAUUCUGCAGGCCAAACUUCAAAUCAUUCCUCUGCAAGCUCGGGACAAUUGACGUUUACGGGUAUCAGCUUGACCGUAUGGGGUCAAUUUAAGCAAAUUUUUGAUCGGAUCAAGACGGAAAAUAAUUAUACUUUGGAGGAGAUGUGCUUUUCUGUAGCUAUGGACAUUCGUUCAUUGGGGGGAAUAUUAAGAUGA